AAAUAAGAAGAGAGUCCAAAGAUCAAAACACGUUCAAAACAAUCGGUCUUUUUUUUUAAAUUCCAUAAACAAUUCUGGUGAUUUUGUUGUAAAUUUGAACUGUAUCUAGGUUUAUUGAUUUCUCGAUAUACCAGUACCACGUUGAGUAUUCUGUGCCAGUACAAAGACGGUAAUAAAUAGAAAAUCUAUCUGGAAAAGAUAAUAGUAACCUAACUUUUUUCGCCACGUGCCGGAAACCUUAAAGUCUUGUGUUUACUGGCACCACUUUAAAAGGAAGUUGAAGGAAUAAUAUAUUCACACAAGUUGAUAAUGGGUGACAAGAACAACCAUGUUAUGCACAACAAUAUAAUGGACGUGAAUCUUGAAGAUGGCAUGAGUGCUGAUCAAAUGAUUAAUAAAGGCAAUGGUCUAACUUAUAAUGACUUCAUAAUAUUACCUGGUUACAUUGACUUCCCUCCUGAAGAAGUUACAUUAUCCAGUCAGUUAACAAAAAAGAUUAUCCUCAAAGCUCCCCUUGUUUCAUCCCCUAUGGAUACUGUUACUGAAUCUGAUAUGGCAAUUGCAAUGGCUCUGUGUGGUGGUAUUGGUAUUAUCCACCAUAAUAAUCCACCCAGUUAUCAAGCAAAUGAAGUACUUAAGGUGAAGAAAUAUAAGCAUGGUUUUAUACGUGAUCCAGUUGUUCUGUGUCCAACAAACACAGUAUCUGAUGUACUUAAUGUCAAGAAAGAACAUGGCUUUUGUGGAAUCCCUAUCACAGAAAAUGGCAAACUUGGUGGUAAAUUAGUUGGAAUUGUUACCUCUCGUGAUAUAGAUUUUUUGGAUGACAAAAACUUUGAGAACAUAAAACUAGAACAGAUUAUGACAAAGCUGGAAGAUUUAGUAACAGCACAAUCCAGUGUAACACUAACUGAUGCCAAUCAUAUCCUAGAGAAAAGCAAAAAAGGCAAACUACCCAUUGUCAAUGCCAGUGGAAACCUUAUUGCCUUGAUGGCCAGGACAGAUCUGAAAAAAGCAAAGAGCUACCCAAUUGCAUCAAAAGAUGAAAACAAACAGCUUAUAGUUGGGGCUGCUCUAGGUACAAGGGAGGAAGACAAACUCAGAUUGUCACUUCUAGUUCAGGCAGGAGUGGAUGUUGUAAUCUUGGAUUCAUCACAAGGAAACUCUAUCUAUCAGAUAGAUAUGAUUCGACAUAUCAAAAAAACCUAUCCAAAUCUUCAAGUAAUAGCAGGAAAUGUGGUAACGAAAAAACAAGCAAAAAAUCUAAUAGAAGCUGGUGCAGAUGGGUUGCGGGUAGGAAUGGGGAGUGGAAGCAUUUGCAUCACCCAAGAAGUGAUGGCUGUCGGUCGUCCACAGGCUACCGCCGUUUACAAGGUCAGUGAAUAUGCCAAACACUUCGGAGUACCUGUCAUCGCCGAUGGUGGAAUCCAGUCUAUUGGCCAUAUCAUCAAGGCACUGUCUUUGGGAGCAUCAACUGUGAUGAUGGGGUCUUUACUUGCCGGUACUUCAGAAGCUCCGGGAGAGUACUUUUUUUCUGAUGGCGUGAGGCUGAAAAAGUACCGAGGAAUGGGUAGCAUAGAAGCAAUGGAUCGCAAAGAUGCUUCAGGCUCUGCUAUGAACAGAUAUUUUCAUAAUGAUGUUGAUAAGCUGAAGGUGGCACAAGGUGUUAGUGGGAGUAUUGUUGAUAAAGGAUCAGUGUUGAGGUUUGUCCCAUACUUACAAGUCGGCAUAAGACAUGGAUGCCAAGAUAUUGGUGUUAGAUCAUUGAAUCAACUUAGAGAAUGGAUGUACAAUAGUGAGCUGAGAUUUGAACUGAGGUCACAUUCAGCUCAGAUAGAAGGAAAUGUACAUAGUUUGUUUUCAUAUGAGAAAAGAUUAUUCUAGGAUUAUUCAGAGAAUGUUCCCAAGUUUGUUCAUUUCAUGGAAAUGAAUGCCGGUUUUGUUUCCAAAACAGAUGCAUAUGUUUCUGCCGCACUAGUUGAAUGUUUAUUAAUUUUAAUCAAGUAAAUGGAAGAUAAACCUUUGCUGCUAUCAUCAAAUUAUCUGAACUGUUGAAGUUCUGGAUAAUCUCAUUAAUUCUAUGCUAGAUUUGGAACAUUUGUUGAGCAUUGAGAGGAAAUAAUGCAUAUAUUAUCAAAUUUAUAUUAUUUUUUAUUUUUUAUAUUUCUG